AUAGAACGCGGGAGCAACGCGGGAGCAUCGCUUGAGCCGAGCAGCACCGCGGACAGCGCCCGGUAGCGCCCGCCCAGCUCCCCCUGCUCAGCCCUGACACCCACCCCGAGGUCCCCGCACGGACACACUCACACUCAUUCACACACUCGCACGCACAGACACACCGCCGCGGUACCAUGGCAGAAUCCUACCUGCAAUCGUCCCUCAUCACAGCCUCACAGUUUUUCGAGAUCUGGCUCCACUUCGACGCUGAUGGAAGUGGUUACCUGGAGGGCAAGGAGCUGCAGAACUUGAUCCAGGAGCUCCUGCAAGCGCGAAAGAAGGCUGGAUUGGAAUUAUCACCUGAGAUGAAAACUUUUGUGGAACAUUAUGGGCAGAGAGAUGAUGGAAAAAUAGGAAUUGUAGAGUUGGCUCAUGUGUUACCCACAGAAGAGAAUUUCCUGCUGCUCUUCCGAUGCCAGCAGCUGAAGUCCUGCGAGGAAUUCAUGAAGACUUGGAGAAAAUAUGACACUGAUCACAGUGGCUUCAUAGAAACUGAGGAGCUUAAGAACUUUCUAAAGGACCUGCUAGAAAAAGCAAACAAGACUGUUGAUGACACAAAACUAGCUGAGUACACAGACCUAAUGCUAAAGCUGUUUGAUUCAAACAAUGAUGGGAAGUUGGAGCUGACUGAGAUGGCCAGGUUACUACCAGUGCAAGAGAAUUUUCUUCUUAAAUUUCAGGGAAUAAAAAUGUGUGGAAAAGAGUUCAACAAGGCCUUUGAGUUAUAUGAUCAGGAUGGCAAUGGAUACAUAGAUGAAAAUGAACUGGAUGCUUUACUGAAAGAUCUCUGUGAGAAGAAUAAACAGGAUCUGGAUAUCAAUAAUAUUACAACAUACAAGAAGAAUAUAAUGGCUUUGUCAGAUGGAGGGAAGCUGUACCGAACAGACCUGGCUCUUAUUCUCUCUACUGGAGACAACUAGAGUUGGUGACAACAACCACAAGCUAGUGAUACAUUGUAUCUAAAA